AAGCGCGUUUGGAUGACCCUCCUCACCAACAAGGCCUACCUCGAGGGCGCCUUGACACUUGACUUCUCCAUCAAGCAAACAGGCUCAAAGUAUCCCCUUGUUGUGUUCCAUCCGCCGACAAUCGAGGCAGAAGUACUUGAAGAGCUGGCCAAGCGCAACAUUCGCACAAAACAAGUCGACCUCUUGCUACCCACUACCUUCAAGGACUAUGGCAUCGACGAGCGAUUCUACGACUGCUGGAGCAAGCUUCUUCCCCACGGAAUGGUCUCCUACGAUCGCAUCGUUGAGUUGGACGCCGACAUGCUUGUCCGACACAACAUUGACGAGCUCAUGGAAAUGACACUACCGACAGGCACCAUGGCCGCGACGCACGCCUGCGUCUGUAAUCCAAACAAUAUUUCACAUUACCCGGCUGACUGGGUUCCGCACAAUUGCGCCUACACAAAGCAACACGAAACGCCGGAAGCUGCUCAUCUCAUGAGCCACGCUGUCGAAGCCGGCUCUGGACUUGCCAUCAUGAAUGGCGGCCUUCAAGUGAUUGACCCAAACCAAAAGCACUUCAAUGCGAUUGCUGCGAUCAUGCAAAAUGAGACAUUGACGUCCACGUUUGCUUUUGCCGACCAGUCAUUGCUGAGUUACUACUUUAAGGACAACUGGAUUUCCCUACCAUAUGUGUACAAUGCCCUCAAGACAAUGCGCCAACAUCAUGCGCCCAUGUGGAAUGACGACCGUGUCAAGGUGGUGCACUACAUCCUCAAUGACAAGCCAUGGCAUGAUGUGUUGGAAGAAGAGUCCGAGUUUGUCCCGAACCAGUGGUGGUGGAGAGCACAACGGGAGCGCUUACACUAUGAGUCUGCAGAGCAAGCCAGGGCUGAC